ACAACCACAGCAAGCCCCACUAAAACCAAAGCUAGCCCCACUACAACUACAGCUACCCCAACUACAACUACAGCUUCCCCAACCACAACAACCGCUGCCCCGACUACAACAACUGCCACACCAAAAACUACCACAGAAGCCCAAACUACAACCACAGCUAGCCCCACUACAACUACAGCUGCCCCAACUACAAUCACAGCAUCACCAACAACAACUACAGCUUCCCCAACUACAAUCACAGCAUCACCAACUAAAACUACAGCUUCCCCAACUACAACUGCUGGCCCAACUACAACUGCAUCCUCAACAACUACAGCUGCACCAACUACAAUUACAGCUUCCCUAACGACAACAACGGCUGCACCAACUACGAUUACAACUGCACCAACAACAACUACAGCUACCAAAACUACAAUGACAGCUGCCCCAACGACAACAACAUCUGCACCAACUGCAAAAACGGCCGCACCAACAACUACCACAGAAGCCGCAACUACAACUACAGCUUCCCCAACUACAACUGCUGUCCCAACUACAACAACUGCUUAUCCAACAACAACUACAACUUCCCCAACUACAACGACAGCUGCCCCAACGACAACAACUGCUGAACCAACUACGACAACUGCCGCACAAACAACUACCACAGAAGCCGCAACUACAACUCCAGCUUCCCCAACUAAAACUUCUGCAACUACAACCACAGCUUCCCCAACUACAACAGCAGCUGCUCCAACUACAACAACAGCUUCCCCAACUAAAACAACUGCUUUACCGACUACAACUGCUUUAUCAACAACAACCACAGCGGUCCCAACUACAACUACACCUUUUCCAACUAAAACCACAGCUCCCCCAACUACAUCUACACCUUCCCCAACUACAACAUCUACACCAACUACAACUGCUGCAUUAAAAAUUACCACAGCUUUUGCAACUACAAGUACAAAUGCCCCAACAACAACUUCUCCAACUUCAACUACAGCUGCCCCAAUUACAACUACAACUGCCCAAACUACAACUACAGAUUCUCCAACUACAAUAACUGCUUCACCGUCUACAACAGCUGUUCUACCAACAACUACCACACCUGCCCCAAGUACAACCACAGAAGCCACAGCUACAACUACAGCUGCACCAACUACAACUACAGCUUCCCAAACUACAACUGCUACCCCAACGACAACAACUCCCAAACUAAAACCUACCACAGAAGCCCCCACUACAACCACAGCAUCCCAACCUACAACUACAGCUUCCCCAACUACUACAACUGCUGCAUCAAUUACAACCACAGCUGCCCAAAAUAAAUCGACAGCUAGCCCCACUACAACUACAGCUGCACCAACUACAACCACAGCUGCACCAACUACAACCACAGCUUCCCCAACUACAACUACUUCUCCAACGACAACAACUGCAACACCAACAACUACCACAGAAGCCCCCACUACAACCACAGUGUCCCCAACUAAAACUACAGCUUCCCCAACUACUACAACUGCUGAACAAAAAACCACUGCUGCACCAACUACAACCACAGCUUCCCCAACUACAACCACAGCGACACCAACUACAACUACAACUGCCCCAACUACAACCACAGCAAGCCCCACUAAAAACACAGUUAGCCCCACUACAACUACAGCUACCCCAACUAAAACUACAACUGCCCCAACGACAAACACUGCUGCACCGACUACAACAACUGCUGCACCAACAACUACCACAGAAGCCCAAACUACAACAACAGCUUCCCCAACUACAACAACUGCUGCACCAACUACUACAACUGCUGCACCAACUACAACCACAGCUGCCCAAACUACAACUACAGCAAGCCCCUCUACAACUAAAGCUGUACCAACUACAACCACAGCUGCACCAACUAAAACUACAACUUCCCAGACUAUAACUACUUCCCCAACGACAACAACUGCAGCACCAACAACUACCACAGAAGCCCCCACUACAACCACAGCGUCCCAAACUACAACUACAGCUGCACCAACAACGACAGCUUCACCAACAACCACCACAGGUGCCCCAACUACAACCACAACUAGCCCCACUACAACUACAGCUGCAGCACCUACAACCACAGCUGCACCAACUACAGCUUCCCCAACUACAAGUACUGCCCCAACGAGAACUGCCACACCAAAAACUACCACAGAAGCCCCCACUACAACCACAGCGUCCCCAACUAAAACUACAGCUUCCUCAACUACCACAACUGCUGAACCAACAACAACUGCUGCACCAACAACAACCACAGCUGCCCCAACAACAACCACAGCAAGCCCCACUAAACCCAAAGCUAGCCACACUACAACUACAGCUACCCCAACUACAACUACAGCUUCCCCAACCACAACAACCGCUGCCCCGACUACAACAACUGCCGUACCAAAAACUACCACAGAAGCCCAAACUACAACCACAGCAAGCCCCACUACAACUACAGCUUCCCCAACUACAAUCACACCAACAACAACUACAACUUCCCCAACUACAACGACAGCUGCCCCAACGACAACAACUGCUGAACCAACUACGACAACUGCCGCACAAACAACUACCACAGAAGCCGCAACUACAACUCCAGCUUCCCCAACUAAAACUUCUGGCAAAACUACAACAACUUCUGCUCCAACAACAACUACAGCUGAACACACUACAACUACAGCUUCCCCAAUGGCAAAAACUGCUGCACCAACUACGACAACUGCCGCACCAACAACUUCCACAGAAGCCGCAAGUAAAACUACAGCUUCCCCAACUACAACAACUGCUGCACUGACUACAACGACUGCUGCACCGACUACAAUGACUGUUUCACCAACAACCACCACUGCUUCCCCAACUACAACUACAGCUAGUCCCACUACAACUACAGCUUCCCCAACUCUAACCACAGCUGCACCAACUACAACCACAGCUUCCCCAACUACAACUGCUGCCCCAACUAAAACAACUGCUGCCGCAACAACUACAGCUUCCCCAACUACAACGACUGCUUCCCCAACCACAACUGCUGCACCAACUACAACUCCUGUCACAACAACAACAACUACAGCUUCCCCAACUACAUCGACAGCUACCCAAACAACGACAACUGCCGCACCAACUACAACAACUACUGCACCAACAACUACCACAAUAUCCCCAACUACAACUAUAGCUUCCCCGAUUACAACAACUGCUGCACAAACUAAUACCAUACUUGCAGCAACUACAACCACAGCUUCCCCAACUACAACAGCAGCUGCUCCAACUACAACAACAGCUUCCCCAACUAAAACAACUGCUUUACCGACUACAACUGCUUUAUCAACAACAACCACAGCGGUCCCAACUACAACUACACCUUUUCCAACUAAAACCACAGCUCCCCCAACUACAUCUACACCUUCCCCAACUACAACAUCUACACCAACUACAACUGCUGCAUUAAAAAUUACCACAGCUUUUGCAACUACAAGUACAAAUGCCCCAACAACAACUUCUCCAACUUCAACUACAGCUGCCCCAAUUACAACUACAACUGCCCAAACUACAACUACAGAUUCUCCAACUACAACAACUGCUUCACCGUCUACAACAGCUGUUCUACCAACAACUACCACACCUGCCCCAAGUACAACCACAGAAGCCACAGCUACAACUACAGCUGCACCAACUACAACUACAGCUUCCCCAACUACAACUGCUACCCCAACGACAACUGCCAAACUAAAAACUACCACAGAAGCCCCCACUACAACCACAGCAUCCCAACCUACAACUACAGCUUCCCCAACUACUACAACUGCUGCAUCAACUACAACCACAGCUGCCCAAAAUACAACGACAGCUAGCCCCACUACAACUACAGCUGCACCAACUACAACCACAGCUGCACCAACUACAACCACAGCUUCCCCAACUACAACUACUUCUCCAACGACAACAACUGCAACACCAACAACUACCACAGAAGCCCCCACUACAACCACAGUGUCCCCAACUAAAACUACAGCUUCCCCAACUACUACAACUGCUGAACCAAAAACCACUGCUGCACCAACUACAACCACAGCUUCCCCAACUACAACUAUAACUACUUCCCCAACGACAACAACUGCAGCACCAACAGCUACCACAGAAGCCCCCACUACAACCACAGCGUCCCAAACUACAACUACAGCUGCACCAACAACGACAGCUUCACCAACAACCACCACAGGUGCCCCAACUACAACCACAACUAGCCCCACUACAACUACAGCUGCAGCACCUACAACCACAGCUGCACCAACUACAGCUUCCCCAACUACAAGUACUGCCCCAACGAGAACUGCCACACCAAAAACUACCACAGAAGCCCCCACUACAACCACAGCGUCCCCAACUAAAACUACAGCUUCCCCAACUACCACAACUGCUGAACCAACAACAACUUCUGCACCAACAACAACCACAGCUGCCCCAACAACAACCACAGCAAGCCCCACUAAAACCAAAGCUAGCCCCACUACAACUACAGCUACCCCAACUACAACUACAGCUUCCCCAACCACAACAACCGCUGCCCCGACUACAACAACUGCCGCACCAAAAACUACCACAGAAGCCCAAACUACAACCACAGCAAGCCCCACUACAACUACAGCUUCCCCAACUACAAUCACAGCAUCACCAACUACAACUACAGCUUCCCCAACUACAACUGCUGGCCCAACUACAACUGCUGCCUCAACAACUACAGCUGCACCAACUACAAUUACAGCUUCCCUAACGACAACAACGGCUGCACCAACUACGAUUACUGCUGCACCAACAACAACUACAGCUACCAAAACUACAAUGACAGCUGCCCCAACGACAACAACUGCUGCACCAACUGCGAAAACGGCCGCACCAACAACUACCACAGAAGCCGCAACUACAACUACAGCUUCCCCAACUACAACAACUGCAGCACCGACUACAACAACUGCUGCACCAACAACCACCACAGCUGCCCCAACUACCACCACAGCUCCUGCACCAACUACAACUACAGCUUCCCCAACUACAACUGCUGUCCCAACUACAACAACUGCUUAUCCAACAACAACUACAACUUCCCCAACUACUACGACAGCUGCCCCAACGACAACAACUGCUGAACCAACUACGACAACUGCCGCACAAACAACUACCACAGAAGCCGCAACUACAACUACAGCUUCCCCAACUAAAACUUCUGGCAAAACUACAACAACUUCUGCUCCAACAACAACUACAGCUGAACACACUACAACUACAGCUUCCCCAAUGACAAAAACUGCUUCACCAACUACAACAACUUCUGCACCAACAACAACUACAGCUGCCCCAACUACAACGACAGCUGCCCAAACGACAACAACUGCUGCACCAACUACGACAACUGCCGCACCAACAACUUCCACAGAAGCCACAAGUAAAACUACAGCUUCCCCAACUACAACAACUGCUGCACCGACUACAACGACUGCUGCACCGACUACGACUGCGUCCCAAACUACAACUACAGCUGCACCAACAACGACAGCUUCACCAACAACCACCACAGGUGCCCCAACUACAACCACAACUAGCCCCACUACAACUACAGCUGCAGCACCUACAACCACAGCUGCACCAACUACAGCUUCCCCAACUACAAGUACUGCCCCAACGAGAACUGGCACACCAAACACUACCACAGAAGCCCCCACUACAACCACAGCAUCCCCAACUAAAACUACAGCUUCCCCAACUACCACAACUGCUGAACCAACAACAACUGCUGCACCAACAACAACCACCGCUGCCCCAACUACAACCACAGCAAGCCCCACUAAAACCAAAGCUAGCCCCACUACAACUACAGCUACCCCAACUACAACUACAGCUUCCCCAACCACAACAACCGCUGCCCCGACUACAACUGCCGCACCAAAAACUACCACAGAAGCCCAAACUACAACCACAGCUAGCCCCACUACAACUACAGCUGCCCCAACUACAAUCACAGCAUCACCAACUACAACUACAGCUUCCCCAACUACAAUCACAGCAUCACCAACUACAACUACACUUCCCCAACUAUAA